CAAGCCGCCGCCUUCUCUUCAAUUGAAGCAGCUGCCGUUCUUAAGGAUACCGUCGCCCUUUGCCUUGGGAAACACGAAUUUUGCGCUUCUAAAAUAGAACAGUGGACGUCUGGUAUAAUAGACCAAUGCCUUAUUCAGUUAGCCAAGCUAAACAGGCCUUUCAAAUAUAUUGUCACGUGCGUCAUCAUGCAAAAAAAUGGAACUAGUCUUCACACUGCCAGCUCCUGUUACUGGGAUCUGAAUACCGACGGUAAAUUAAAUAUACUUUUUUUGCCGACGACACUUAUUUUAAGUUGUUUUCAUAUAAUAAAGUAUUUGGGCCAAUUAACGCAGACCACUAAUUUCUAUUAA